AUGGCAGUUCAAGGCCGAUUCUCGCGCAGCCUUGAGGCUGCGCUGCACCCACCAGCAAGCACAGACGAUCAGGAUGCAGACACCGCCAGAAGCAGCAGUGCUGGCCACAUUGCCGACCAUAGGGCAGCAUCGAUUGGCGAAGAUGGAAGGGGUGGGCAUGUGACAGAGGAGGGAGGUGGAGGGCUUAGCAGGGAGAUUGAAGGGCAGGAGCAAGAGGAGCGGCCGAUUGCCUAUGUUCUUGCGUCAACAGACGCUGGCGUGAGGCUAGCAGAGAGCAGCAGCCUGCCAUCAAAUGUGGCGCUGAUUGUUCACUAUGACCUGCCCACCAGAAAGAACACGUAUGUCAGACGCCUGGGACUGUUUGGGAGAUCGGCUGCGCUGAAGAUCGCAGUGUAUUUCGUUGUGGCGGGAGAGGUGGCAGCGUUCAGGACCCUGGAAGGCUUUGCUGGCAAUGCUGUGAUUGAUGUCAUGCCAGUGCACAUAUCAGACAUUUUCCCUGCUUCCAGAGGAUAA